AUGUCGCUCAACUUGACCCUCGAAGCCCUCCGGCAGGUGCGGGGCACAGCAACUGCCUGCUCCUUCACCGACGACAAAUCAUUUGGACCCUCGAUUGCUAAACAAUGCCGUGCUUUUGAUUUUACUCUACUCUUCGAACAAGCGUUUCUGUCUCUUGUGCCUUCGAUUUUGCUUGUGCUUGGUUGCAUCUUCCGUCUGAGUGAUGUUUUCCGUCAAGAUGUGAAAACACUACGAAGCCGCUUACACAGAUCCAAGCUGGUAUCCGCAAGCUGCUAUGCAUGUCUGCAAUUGGCAUUGCUAGUCGUGGUUGCUCUGCCAUCGACACCACGCACAAGCCUAUCACUUCCAGCCACAAUUUUGUCUCUCGCUGGAUCUAUAUUCAUAUGUCUGCUGUCUCAUUUGGAGCAUACCAAGUCGAUCCGUCCUUCGGCACUGCUGAACGCCUACCUCUUCUUCUCGGUACUGUUCGAUGUCGUCCAGCUUCGGACGCUAUGGAAGAUUCAUGGCUUGGAGACAGUUGCCAGUGUUUUCUCUUCAGCUUUGGCACUUAAGGUCGUCAUUCUUGUCUUGGAGGCCUGGGAGAAAGACUCGUUGCUUACUCCUCCCUACAGUGGUACAGCGCCAGAGGCGAAAAGCGGUCUCUACAACCGAAGUCUCUACUGGUGGCUAAAUCAUUUCUUGACUGUUGGCUUCAAGCAAGUCUUUGGUUUCGAAGAUCUGUACAGUCUGGAUGACGGCUUGUCAUCCGAGACGCUUGCUGAGAAGGCGCAAGUAUCAUGGCGAAGAGCAGACAAGAGCAAAGAGUAUGCGCUACUCUGGAACACUCUGUCCUGCCUGAGAUGGCCAUUACUGGCCCCUGUCGUUCCUAGACUUGCAUUGAUCGGCUUCAACUACUCGCAGCCGUUCUUGAUCACGAGAAUCAUCAAUUAUGUCGAUGAGGUCGAAAGAGACAAGAACAUAGGAUACGGGCUCAUCGGCGCGGCUGCUAUAACCUACAUCGGCAUUGCCAUCUCUAAUGGACGUUAUCGACAUGCCAACUUCAGAUAUAUGACCAUGAUUCGUGGCUCGCUCUCUGUCUUGAUAUACGAANAAACACUGGAUCUAAGAUACACGGCUUUGGAAGACGCGAGUCCCGUCAGUCUGUCUAACGACAUUGACUAUAUCAUCAACGUUUCUGAGGAUUUGCACGAGAUAUGGGCCAGCACAUUCGAGAUGGUCAUAGCUAUGUACCUAAUAGGCCGCGCAUCUGGAGUCGGUUGCGUUGCACCAGUAGUGCUAGCCAUAGCUGGUGCAGCUGCUAACACGUUCUGGGUGGGUCCUCGGAUGAGGAAAUAUCGACCAAAGUGGAAUGCAGCCAUCCAGCAGCGUGUGGCUCUAACUUCCUCAUUGCUCAAAGACAUGAAGGCACUAAAAAUGCUGGGUCUCACGAGCAGAAUGCGGGCUUUGCUCCAAGAUCAGCGUAGGUUCGAGCUCGAAAAGUCUAUCGAUGUUCGGAUGUGCAUAAUCUGGUUGAAUAUCUUUGGCAAUCUAAUGCCAACUUUUGCGAAGGCCUUUGUGCUGAUGACCGUAGCGUUACAAGCACGAGAUGGAGGUGAAUUACUGACGCCGGCCACCGCCUAUAGCCUCAUCUCGCUUGUCAACUUGAUAGCUACACCCCUGGGAACUGUUACAGCGAGCAUACCAUCAUUCAUGGGAGGUCUCGGCUGCUUUGAGCGUAUCCAGAAAUUCCUUCUUGAAGAAGUGCAAAGCGAUGAUCGCAUUAUCAACAGCAGAAGCACGCCCGCAAUACAGCCGUCAUCAUCGGCUGCAAUAGAACUGCGGGUCAUGCCUGCGAAGGACUCACCUGACAGAGGCAGUGACGCUAUCAAUCUUGAUGAAUGCUCCUUCGGUUACUCUGCCGAGACUGCAGCGCUGAGCAGUUUGACGUCUUCAAUCAAANAAGGAACCAUCAACAUGGUUGUUGGACCUAUUGGCUCCGGCAAAACUAGUCUUCUCCUGGGUCUGCUCGGAGAGAUCCAAAGUCUGAAAGGUUUCGUUCGUAUGCGCAAUGCUGAUGUCGCAUACUGCCAACAGUCUGCUUGGUUGCCCAAUUCAACCAUCAAGAAUAUCAUCAUAGGCACUCUGCCGUACGAUGAAGCCUGGUAUCAGACGGUUGUUUCUUCUUGUGCACUCGAAUUGGACAUAGCUCGCCUGACUGAUCAAAAUGAGACUUUGAUUGGAAGCCGGGGACUGACUUUGAGUGGUGGACAACGUCAAAGACUUGCCCUCGCCCGAGCAGUAUAUGCUAGAACAGCGGUUGUCUUGCUCGAUGACAUUUUCAGCGCUCUAGAUGCAAAGACCGAACAAGUUGUCUUCGAGCGCCUUUUGUCAGAACGAGGCUUGUUCAGGAAGAAUAACACUACUGUGAUACUUGCGACCCAUGCCGUACAACACUUGUCCGCGGCCGACAACAUUAUUGCACUUGGAAAAGAUGGAACUCUUGUAGAACAGGGGUCGUUCAAGCGACUUAUGGCCAAGCAAGGCUAUAUUGCAGCGCUCGCUGUUGAACUUCGAGAUCAAUCUGACCACGAGAACAUUCUCAAGAAGACAGGGGUUCCCAGUGGUGAAGUGACAGAGGCUGACAUGCAAGAUGAGAUGCUCAUAUCUGAUCGGAGGCUGGGAGACUUUGCCAUCUAUAAGUACUACGGCAAGCGCGUAGGGCUGGCUUUCCUGUUAGCCUUCCUCGCUUGUCAGUUCAUGAAAACCAGCCUUAUUUCUCUGCCAGACCUCUGGGUACAGUUUUGGACCAAGGAUCCAGGCUCACAGAUGGGCAUGUACAUCUCUAUUAUGUUUGUUAUCGCCAUUUGUGGCAUGAUUUUCGGUUAUAUCUCUUUAUGUGGCCUAAGCCUGCAUUGGACCUUGCUUUCAACCAUCACCGCUGCCCCACUCGCUUACUUUACAAAGACCGAUGCUGGAAUCAUUCUCAACCGGUUCAGUCAAGACAUGACGAUUAUUGACAGUUCUCUACCAAUAGCAGUUCUACAGCUCAGUUUCGUCGUGUCUCAAAUAGUAUGGCAAGGCGCCUUGAUCUGUUAUGGAGCAUAUUACGUUGUUGCAUUCAUUCCUUUCAUUGCCGCCAUACUUUACGCAAUUCAGAAGUUCUAUCUACGAACCAGUCGCCAGCUGCGUCUACUGGAUCUGGAGAUGAAAUCGCCACUAUUCACGCACUUCUCGGAGACUCAGGAAGGUCUGGUCACCAUCCGAGCUUUUCGAUGGCAGUCAAACUUCUACUCCAGCUUUUUGAAUAAACUGGAUGCAUCACAGAGGCCGUACUAUCUGCUAUACAUGAUCCAGCAAUGGUUGGGAUUGUGUUUAGCUCUCGUAGUCGCUGCUGUAGCCAUCGUGUUAGUCGCAUUCGCAACACAAUUCAAACAUCAAUCUUCUGGUGGACAGAUUGGUGUUGCUAUGAUCUCCGUUAUGGGUUUUAGUUCUAGUCUUGCUGCGCUCAUUUCACAUUGGACAAGCUUGGAGACAUCCAUUGGAGCUGUUGCACGUCUCAAACAGCUCGAGGUUGAAGUCAAGCCCGAAGAUCUACCUUCUGAGUGCGAAAAGCCACCCUCUUCAUGGCCUGAGGCAGGUGCAGUUGUCUAUGACGGUGUCUAUGCUAGUUACGGAGAUGGAAAGCCAGAUGUGUUGCAUGGCAUAUCGCUCUCCAUCCGCCCAGGCGAGAAGAUAGGCAUCUGCGGCAGAACAGGAUCCGGAAAAUCGACCUUGAUAGCUCUGCUCUUCAGGCUUCUGCCCACUAGAGCCGGUGUGGUGGCUGUCGAUGGCGUUGAUCUAUCAAUAAUUCCUCGUCAAAAGACAAGAGAGUCGAUCAUCGCCAUUCCUCAGGAACCUUACAUCCUAUCAGGCACUGUUCGCUUCAAUGCUGCACCAGACUCUGCACCCUUCUCCGACGUAGAUACCGACUCGUUUGAGAAUGUUGUUUCAGACACAGCCAUCAUCGCCGCACUGGAAAAAGCGGAUCUCUGGGACUUGGUUGCACGUCGUGGUGGACUCAGCACACCUAUAUCUGACCUCGGAUUAAGUCAAGGCCAGAAGCAGCUUUUCUGUCUCGCUCGAGCUAUUCUAAGGAAGCAGACUUCGAGCUUGCUGGUCUUGGAUGAGGCUACUUCUAGUGUGGACAAGCAUACUGACGAAUUGAUGCGUAGAGUCAUUGAAGAUGAGUUUGCAAGUCAUACUGUGAUUAGUGUGGCACAUAGAUUGAGCAGUCUGGUUGCCUGUGAUCGGGUCGUUGUAGUGGAUGAGGGCAAGAUUGUAGAGGUUGGGAACCCGGUUGCCUUGAUGGAGGUGGAAGGUGGUUGGUGGAGGAAGUUGUGGGAAGCUCAGAACUAG